UAGAGAUGCAGCCACCAGACCAUGUGGAACACCCGACUCCCACGUCAGGUCGGGAUCUCCCGCGAGCUGCUGUGAGUGGCCGUGACCGACCUUCAGGCUGGGACGCCGAUCUGUCAUUCGUACAGCCUUACGGAGGGGUGGCGUUGAACAGCCUUUCAUGGGUUCACCGGCAGCGUGAGGCUGGCUGAACAUAAUUUGCAUGUAGAUGAAGAAUAUAAGAAAUGGCUGCCGAUGGAGCGGACGCGGUGAGGGCGUUGCUCUGACUCUCCCCUGACUACUCAUUCCUUCAGACCUCUUCAUUGAGUGUUAGAAUACCCAACUUUGCAGAUACUCUUCGCAAAAUGUCAAGCCAUACUGAAUCUGCUCUUCAAGAGUCAGUAGUUCCCGUGCCCGCAGCCUAUUCCCGUCAAGUGUCUUUUGGAUAUUCGAAAGCCCCACCAAACGAAAUUAAUGAUCCCAAUGUCUACGUCAAACGAGAUGUCCAUUCCUCCUCGGCCGAGACCAACAGUCUGAAGGAGAAAGACGAGGAGCAAGAGCAAGAAGAAUCGACGGGGAAGAUGCAAAAGUCGGUCCUGAUAUUCAUCCAGGACUACCAGAUCUACAUUCGAGUUCUUGCUAUUCUUAUAAUGCUCGUCUCAUUUUCUCUGAUCUUGACGGCUGUCAUUAUGUUUGGGAAGGCCCAAAACAAACCAGGUCAUCCUCUCGAUAACGUUCCAAAGCCGGCCACGAUUACAGACCAUCCCUGUAUUGUAUUUUCUGGCGUUGCAGCCUUGAACCUUGUGCUUAGCAUCGUUGUUUUCAGCCUUUCUUGCAUUUCAAGCAAGUUCAGGAAAAGCAGGAACGCUAUAAAUGCUGUCUUCGCAAUUCUCAGUGCCAUCGGAUUUGCAUCAUCCAUGGGCGCAUGCUUCUUUCUAAACAAGCAGACCAGUCUUGAAAACGAUCUCUGGAAAUGGUCAUGCGGUAACCACAAGAAGGGAAUUGCCAGCGACGUACUCGACUUCGGACUUGUCUGUCACGUUGUGAGCUACGGCUGGAAGUUUGGCUUGGUCCAGGCGUCACUCGAGCUUCUGACUUUCAUCAUCUCUAUCGUUGCUUUCGUUAUACUGAAGUACGCAUAUUUCGCCAGAUACGGGUCUUUUGGGAAGAUCUUUUGAUAGACGAGCUUCUUUGUUCUGUUCGACCUUUCGAUUCUUGUAUAUCUGGCUGGCAUGCCUUUCUGGUUGGUUUUUUUGGACCCCAUUUUCUAGGCUGGAUACUCUUGAGCGUAUAAACACGCACGCACAUUCUUUCCCAAUGGGAACAGACGGCGGCAUUGCGGUACUUCGAUGUAUAUGAUUGGCGAGGUCCUUUUCUUGGAACAUAAAAUCAUGAUUUACCAAGAUCACAUAACAGCAGCAUGACUCAUCAUGAAUCUUACGUUACUUUUAUG